CACCUGAGCCAAGUGGCGGAUCUGCAGGGGGAGAGGAGGCCGGGAGGACUCGGGAGUGGGCAGCCUCACACCGGACAUGAUGGAUUAUCAACAAAAGAGACACCACUACAGAUUUUGAGUGCAGUUUCAGGCCCGUUCGGCAGCAGUGGCCGCAGGGGCCGACAGACCUACACCCGCUACCAGACCCUGGAGCUGGAGAAGGAGUUCCACUUUAACCGCUACCUGACCAGGAGGCGCCGGAUAGAGAUCUCCCACGCCCUGUGUCUGACGGAGAGACAGAUCAAAAUCUGGUUCCAGAACCGCAGGAUGAAGUGGAAAAAGGAGAACAAACUCCUGAACCCCUCAAAGACACCGGAGGAGGAGGAGCAGGCGGAGAAGAAGAGCUAAAGGGACACUGGCGCACAGAAAUAAAAUAAAAAAAUAAAAUAAAAAUCAAAUGUAUAAUUUCUCUGUAGAUGAAGUGCUGCAAACCCCAUGUUAGAGACGUGUAGAGUGAUAGCACGGUGAUAAUGUCUGCAUUAGGUUUGAAUCAGGUCCUCCUCUGUCUGUCCUUGUGCUCGUGUCUUUAUUUAGAGGACUAUGCAAAAAUCCGCCAAAAUGUAAAUAAUUUGUAGUGUUUGGUUUUGGACAAUGUUGUUACCUCAUGACUACAGGCCUCCUGAGUUUAAUUCUAUUAUUAUUAUUAUUAUUAUUUCUUCCUCGUGCCAUUAAACCAGGCUUCGUCCUUCACUGUACUUCUUGUGCUGUAGUUGUCCUAUGCUCGUCUCGUUGUUUACAGCUGUGCCAUCAUCCACUCACCAAUUUGUACAGAUGAGACAAUGUGUUAUUUAUUGUUGUUCACCAUGUGUUCGAUGCACAUCUGGAUAUCGUGUGCAAUAUUUUCUUUAGGAAAUUGUACAUAGAAAAUAAAGGCUUUUUGAUGUA